UCAUCCACACACGCGCGCGCACACACGCACGGAUCGCAGCUGCCAGCGGACUGUUGUUGUUCAGCUCGACAACGAAGCUAACAGCUAACACGGACAGUGAAGAUGUCGUCUGACAGACACGCGGCGCGACGCUCGCGCAGCAUAAUAUGCUCCGGUUAUGUUCAUUAGCUCGGGUUAGCGCAGAUUAACCCGGGUUAGCUGUCCCACUCCGGGCUUUAUGUCGUCGUUGUGGGGGAGGACGAGCUAGCUAGCUGCUUAGCUCCGUUAGCAUGUUCCAGCUAAUCGACCAGUGUUAUUGAUGUUAGCCUCCUCAGCCGGGCUCCGCUGGAGGAGACUGGUUAGCUGUUAGCCUCUGGUAAUUUAUAUCUAUAGAAAUAGAGCUAGCGUACGGUUUCCAGUUGGCCUUAGCUCACUGCAGCUUUAGUUACCUACGCAGUGUGUUGUUGUUUUGAAACGUAUUCCAUGUUAAUCCCGUUAUCUGUAGCUGUAUUCGGACAGCAGUGGUUUAUCAUCUGAAAUGUCUGUUUAAUGCGUCUGUUCUGUCGAGCUAACGCUAGCUGUUAGCCGGAGCUAACGGACUCUGAAGUCUUUGUUUCCAACGGGGGACAGUUUACAAUGUGUAGCAGGUUAGCUAUGACUAUUAGCUUAGCUUGUAGCCGGUUUAACCGUAAUAUCUAAGCUGCCAGCUCACCCAGCUGUGUGCUGACCUUCAUCAUCAUCAUCAUCUGCUGGAGACUGAAGGAUUACUAUGGCCCUCAGACCAAGCUGCAGGCAGAGCGUCGUCUACCUGCUCAUCAUCUCAGGAUGCAUUGCUAUGUCUCAGAGGAACGACAACGUCUAUGUGUCCGGAACAUCGAACGCCUGUGGCGAGGUGGCGGAGCUCCUGCGGGCGUCCAGCGGCGUCAUCACCAGCCCCGGGUGGCCAUCUCAGUAUCCGUCCAGACUGAACUGCAGCUGGAACAUCAGAGCCCGACCCGGUGACACCAUUACUAUCAGUUUCCAGGACUUUGACCUCCAGGGAUCCCACCGCUGCGCCUCAGACUGGAUGUCCAUCAGUAGCUACAGGAGCCUGGACGGGCUGCGGGUCUGUGGUUCGUCCCUACCGCCCCCCUACAUCUCCUCCCAGGACCACGUGUGGAUCCACUUCCACUCGGACGACAGUCUGACGGGCAAGGGCUUCAGACUGUCCUACAUCACUGGUAAACCAGAGGCGUCCAGCUGUGACGUGGACCAGUUCCACUGCUCCAAUGGGAAGUGCAUCCCGGACUGGUGGCGCUGUAACUCUAUGGAUGAGUGCGGAGACAAUUCAGAUGAGGAGCUGUGUGUGGACUCUCCCUUCUCCUUCCAGCCCUGCAGCCUGAACCAGUUCCCCUGCCUGUCCCGCUACACCCGGAUCUACACCUGUCUGCCCCACAGCCUGCGCUGCGACGGCAGCAUCGACUGUCAGGACCUCGGUGAUGAGAUCGACUGUGACGUUCCAACGUGUGGAGAAUGGUUGAGGAACUUCUACGGUUCCUUCAGUUCUCCAAACUACCCUGACUUCUACCCUCCAGGAAGUAACUGCACCUGGCUGAUCGACACCGGAGACCACAGGAAGGUCAUCCUCCGGUUCACAGACUUUAAACUGGACGGGACCGGAUAUGGCGACUACGUGAAGGUCUACGACGGCCUGGAGGAGAACCCUCGCCAUCUCCUCAGGGUGCUGACCGCCUUUGAUUCCAGAGCGCCGGUCGCUGUGGUGUCAUCGUCCGGGCAGCUCCGAGUCCACUUCUAUGCCGAUAAGAUCAACGCAGCCAGAGGGUUCAAUGUCACCUACCAGGUGGACGGGUUUUGCCUGCCGUGGGAGGUUCCCUGUGGGGGGAACUGGGGUUGUUACACCGAGCAGCAGCGCUGUGACGGGUACUGGCAUUGUCCGAACGGUCGUGAUGAGCUGAACUGUUCAUCGUGUCAGGAGGACGAGUUCCCCUGUUCCAGAAACGGAGCGUGUUACCCUCGAUCUGACCGCUGUAACUACCAGAACCGAUGUCCCAAUGGUUCUGAUGAGAAGAACUGCUUCUUCUGCCAGCCGGGGAAUUUCCACUGCAAGAACAACCGCUGUGUGUUUGAGUCAUGGGUGUGCGACGCUCAGGACGACUGUGGCGACGGCAGCGACGAGGAGAGUUGUCCCGUCAUCGUUCCCACACGAGUCAUCACUGCCGCUGUCAUCGGCAGCCUCAUCUGUGGUCUCCUAUUGGUCAUCGCCCUUGGCUGCACCUGCAAACUCUACUCACUGCGCAUGUUUGAACGCAGGUCGUUUGAAACACAGCUGUCCAGAGUGGAGGCGGAGCUACUGAGGAGGGAAGCCCCGCCCUCAUAUGGUCAGCUGAUCGCUCAGGGACUGAUCCCACCUGUGGAGGACUUCCCAGUGUGCUCUGGGAGCCAGGCGUCCGUUCUGGAGAACCUCCGUCUGGCUGUCCGCUCUCAGCUCGGCUUCACUUCCCUCAGACUCCCAUCUUCCAGUCGUCAUAGUAACCUGUGGCGCCGUCUCUUCACCUUCUCGCGGUCCCGACGGUCCGGAUCUUUGGCUCUGGUCUCUGCUGACCUGGAGGACAGUGCUGGUACUGGCAGCACUGGGAGUUCUGGAUCAGACCUGCUGUCUCCAGAUUCAGAUGACACAGAUACAGAGGGUGAGCGGGGGAGAGAGCGCGGUGUGGGAGCAGUGGGUGGAUCUGUUGCCCCUCUGCCCCAGAAAACACCGCCCCCGACAGCUGUUGAGGCUGUAGUAUCUAUGACGACAUCAGCAACUUCCUUGACCUCAACUCCUGGCCGGAACGGAGGCAGUGACAGGCCCAGAGAGACACCGACCCCCUCUAGCCCUGUUGCUGUGGUAGCCUCCAGUCUGGAUCCAGGGUGUCAUAGUGACGCCACAGAGCCCCAGGCUCCACCCACCUCCGCCCUGCAGCGUCUGGCCCAGAACCUGCACCGCCUGGCCAGGAACCUGACCAGAACAGGCCAGAACCACCAGGACCAGACCUGGAGCAAUCACAGCCCACUUCGCCAGCUGGAACCAGGAAGAAGUGGGGCCGAGACUGCCGAGCGACAAGGAAGCAGAGAAGAAGAAGAAGACGUGGAGCUCUUGAUCCCUGUCUCUGACUCUGACUCCUCGCCCUCGGUCAGCGACGUCCGGCAGCCGCUGCUGGAGCCACACCCCUCCUCCACCACAGGCCACGCCUCCCGCCAUCACCAUGGGAAAAGCUGCCGAGGGGGGCGGGACGGCCCCUGUGAACACUGUGGGAUUGUCCACACGGCUCAGAUCCCUGACGCCUGUCUGGAGGCCACAGGCAAGACAGAGAGCAGCGACGACGAGUUACUGCUGCUCUGCUAACAAGCUAUCAUGCUAACUGUCAAGCUACCACUAAUACCACAAUGAUCCAACACUUACAGCUAGCUUAUAUGCUAACUGACAGGUUGCAAGUACCCUGACAUAACACCUACAGCUAGCAACAUGCUAACUGACAUGGUCUGGUAAUCCUGCUAAUACUACACUACUCUGACAAUUGGCUAAUGAGCCAUCUGAUUGGCUUAUGCCUCUAAUAUUACCCUGACCCAACAUCUCAGUCUUCAAACAGCUAGCCAACAUGCUAACAUCUCAUACUAACUACAAUCAGCAAACAGGUCAACAGAUUAGCCUGGGUAGCAGCCAGCUUUAAUGCUGACACUUAAUUUAGAUAAUAUAACACUGGUUAGCACAUGUUAGCAUGUUACCCGGAUUAAUGGUUGGCUCUCAGUAAUGUCAAAGAUGAACGAACCAAUGAGAGACUGAGCGAAGUGAUGUCACUGAUCGAAUUGUGAUGCUGGUACGACUAUGAAAACUCUCCCCUGUUGUUCUUCCUGUCCGUCCGAUAAAGCAGUCCUCUCCUCCCUGCAGGCAGAUGGUAUGACUUAAUGAACAGUGACUUCCUGCUUGUUGGUACAACUGUAAAAUGUGUCAUGAGAGAACAAACUAAUGGUUCCAUACUGAGAACAUUAAACUCUGAUCCAGGAACAUGUUCCACUCCUAAUCAGAUGCAACAGUUUCAUUUGUCGCCAUGUUGUGCUGGUUGUUGAGUGAGUUAAAGAAUGACAAGGGUCAUGUGACCGAUGGAGGCAGUUAAAGGUACCUGUGUGUGUGUGUGUGUGUGUGUGUGUGUGUGUGUGUGCGCGCGUCUGACGUGACAAUCAUCUCAUUAAUUGUCCUCAUACGCUGUAAUUGAUGAACUUCUGUAUCAAUACAUGUUCAUGUUGAAACUGAAGCACAAGGACACAAACGCCCUUCAAACCAUCCAACACAUGCUAGGUGUGCUACCUCCACAGGUCAUGUGACCCCCUAACAGGACAUUGUUCUGGUUCCCACCUGGUGUUAAAUGUUGGACUUGUUUGGUUCUCUGCCUGGUCCUAAAGGGAAGACAAGGUUCUAGACUGUUACAGAAAAUGUUCUGACCGGUCUGUUUGUAAAGAGAGAAUUUAAGAGAAGCUUAAAGAAGUUUUCAUGUGUUUUGAAAGGUCAAAGGUCACAAGUCGUCUUUACACGACACACCCUGUGACAUCAUUUCCUGAACAGAAUUGUCCACUUCCUGUUUCUGUCUUCAAACUGAAGCCAUUGAACUGGACCAUCUGUAUUUAUGAUGUUUGUUUUUGGUACUCAGCUGACCUGGUGUGACUCUGUGUAUUUAUUAUUAUUAUUAUUGUUAUUAUUAUUAUCAUUAUUAUUAUUAAUAUGACCGUGCUUAUCAUUAUUAUUGUUCAUUUGUUGUGUUGUUUUUCUGACCUGCAUGAUUCAAAUUGUUGAUGUUUAGCUUUUCUUUGAGUCUGUAAAGUAAAAGAAUCUGUUUAACUGCGAUAAAGAUUAAAGGUUCCUAUUUCAGUCUGUUGAACAGUGAGUUGUUUAAUUAAAGUGACUUCACUCCC